CGAUUCAUUUGAAGGAACAUUUCAGGAGGAGAAGCGGCAUCAUGAAAACACGGCCUGCAAAAGUUCCAUUGUGAUCGGAUCAAGAAAACUUAAGUUUGUCACUGUGCGCGAGGUGAGUGCGUUCGUUUCGGGCAAAAAUGUCGAGUACACUCCCAGAGGCACCAAUGGGUUUGGACUCGUCGGAUUCAGAGGUCAGAUCGAAUCAUCUGAUCUCGCGACUGGAUCAAGACUCGGAGGACGCGGAGAAACGGGAUCAAGCACGAAUGGAAUGCAACAACGCGGACAGCGAUUGCGAGAGCGAUACCAGCGAGGUGUUGAGCGUUGGCAGCGAACCGACGCCAACCAGUGUAGUUGGAGUGCGCGUAUGCGGCUCUAUGAGGUACGACCAGGAAUCCGCGAGUAGCCGGGGCGAGUUCCGCGAUGAGGAAAACACGAGAACGUCGGCAACACCAUCGCCGUCUAGCUCCGCUAGUUGCAACGACCUGUACUAUCAGCGUACGUCUAAUAAUCAUGUUUCGGCACCAAGCCCGCCCGGUUACAGUCAACCACCGUCAUCUCCUACGGCAUCUUCCGUAAGAUCUCCGGCUUCCUCCUCGGCUACCGCCUCAUCCCCGGGUCGGCCAGAAGCCAUACAAGAGGCUAUCGUACCUAGAUACCAAUCCAGUCAUCAGCAACACCUCCUUACCCGAUACUCCUCCAGAGAACCUGAUAUUUCUGACUAUCCAACGCGAGUUCAGCACGGUUUGGGUCACGAAAUUGUAUAUCCCACUGUAGAGAGAUUACAUCGUACACCGAUAAGCGUUCCUCUAGUAACGAGACUUUCGUUGUCACCGCCGUCGGCCAUGACGGUCGCCGGGCUUCAAGCGACGACACCCGUUCUCCAUCCCGCUGCCUGCAGAGAUCCGCGGGAGACUACCUCGUUGAUGCCGCAUCACAGUCAGCAUUUGCAUCAUGCAAACGCCCACACGCAUCUGCACCAGAACUCGCAGGUGCAGCAUAUACCGGCAAAUUCGGUACACCAACACCGGCUUUCGGUCAGCAAACUCUUGCAACGGGAUUCCGGAAGUCCAGCGUCACCCGGUGCCAGGGAAGAGAACGAGAGACGUACCCUGCCCGCCGCGAAUGGCGUGCAAAACAGCAUCGGUACUAGCAAUAACGGUAACCAUCAUAACAACAAUAACAACAACAACAACAAUCUGCAGCAUCAGGCGAGCUUGAAGUUCAGUAUAGAUAAUAUUCUGAAGGCGGACUUUGGCAGGAGGAUCACGGAUCCUAUAUCCCUGAAGAAGUCUCGGCCUAAGAAAGUGUCUUCAAGACCGAUUGAUCUGACGAAGGACUUUUUGGAAUCGUCCUCCGACACUUCCGAGAGGAGCAAUUCGGAGACGACGACGACAACGACGACUAACGCUUCCCCCACCGGUGUUUCGACCGGGAACUCAACAUCCAACUCGACUGGAACGACCGAUCCCGGGAAGAUGUUAUGGCCAGCGUGGGUCUACUGCACCAGAUAUUCGGACAGGCCUUCUUCAGGACGAAAAUCAUCCCGUGUUCCAGGUCCACGUACGAGAAGAGUGAAGAGGACAGACGGACGUGGCGGCGGUACUCCCGAAGAAAAACGUCCCAGGACCGCGUUCAGUGGUGAACAGUUAGCGAGACUAAAGAGGGAAUUCGCGGAGAACCGAUAUCUGACGGAAAGACGGAGACAGCAACUCUCGAGGGAUUUAGGUCUGAAUGAGGCGCAGAUAAAGAUCUGGUUUCAGAACAAGCGGGCGAAAAUCAAAAAGGCCAGUGGUCAGAAAAAUCCCCUGGCGCUUCAGUUGAUGGCACAAGGACUUUACAAUCAUUCAACAGUACCGCUUACUAAAGAGGAAGAGGAACAGGCCGCGGAGCUUCAAGCGAAAUGACGAUUGCAAACUUAAAUAAAUGCUCGAUAAAAUUUAGCUUGCAACUUUGAUCCUUGAAUUUUAUAUUUGACCUCCAAGAAGUUAUCAGCGAAGAUUAAGUCGUCCUUUAUUUAAGUUGAAUUAUUUUGGGCAGAUUUAUUUAGAAAAAUCGUAAAAAAAAAAAAUAGAAUAUGGCUUAAUCAAAUUAUCACGAAAAAUUCUCUCGAGACAUUUCAAAAAACAUUUGACGAUUUUAGAAUUUUAUAAAAUACGGAAUUUUACGAGAUAACAAUAAUUUUGCUUUGACAAGAUAAUAAAGACACUUAUAUAUUUAGGGAAAAA